AUGCUAGAGACCUGUAAAAACCUCACUGCUAUAGGCUACAAUUGGGAAGACCAUCCCAUUGAAGAACAUUUUCAAAGUUCUACAAGUAAUAAAAGGCAUGAAAGCAGUCGUACUGGAGAGAAACGUUUUAAACGCACUCUAUGUGGUAAAUCCUUCCACCAUACCACUUUUCUCAUAAGCCAUGAAAGAACACACACUGGAGAGGAGCCUUACAAAUGUAAUCAUUGUGGUAAAGCCUUUAAAACAAACAGUCAGCUCAUACGGCAUAAAAGAACACAUACUGGAGAGAAACCUUAUGAAUGUAACCAGUGUGGUAAAGCCUUUGCACAAAACAGUCAUCUCAUAAGCCAUAAAAGAACACACACUGGCGAGAAACCAUAUGAAUGUAACGAGUGUGGCAAAGCCUUUGCACACAAUAGUAAUCUCAUAAGCCAUAAAAGAACACACACUGGAGAGAAACCUUAUGAGUGUAACCAGUGUGGUAAAGCCUUUGCAGAAAACAGUCAUCUCAUAAGCCAUAAAAGAACACACACUGGCGAGAAACCAUAUGAAUGUAAUGAGUGUGGCAAAGCCUUUGCACAAAACAGUAAUCUCAUAAGCCAUAAAAGUACACACACUGGAGAGAAACCUUAUGAGUGUAACCAGUGUGGUAAAGCUUUUGCAAAAAACAGUCAUCUCAUAAGCCAUGAAAGAACACACACUGGAGAGAAACCUUAUGAAUGUAAUGAGUGUGGUAAAGCCUUUGCAGUAAACAGUACUCUCUUAAGCCAUAAAAGAACACACACUGGAGAGAAACCUUACAAAUGUAACCAGUGUGGCAAAGCCUUUGCAGUAAACAGUACUCUCUUAAGCCAUAAAAGAACACACACUGGAGAGAAACCUUAUAAAUGUAACCAGUGUUGUAAUGCCUUUGCACAAAACAGUCAUCUCAUAAGCCAUAAAAGAACACACAAUGGAGAGAAACCUUAUGAAUGUAAUGAGUGUGGUAAAGCCUUUGCACGCAAUAAUAAUCUCAUAAGCCAUAAAAGAACACAUACUGGAAAGAAACCUUAUAAAUAUACCCAAUAUGAUAAAGCCUUUGCACAGCUAAAGUACCUUAGGCUUCAUCCCAGAACACACACUGGAGGGAAACCUUAUAAAUGUAAUCUAUGUGGUAAAGCCUUUUCACAAAACAGUCAUCUCAUAAGCCAUAAAAGAACACAUACUGGAGAGAAACCUUAUGAAUGUAACCAGUGUGGUAAAGCCUUUGCACAAAACAGUCAUCUCAUAAGACAUAAAAGAACACACACUGGAGAGAAACCUUAUGAAUGUAACCAGUGUGGUAAAGCCUUUGCACAAAACAGUACUCUCUUAAGCCAUAAAAGAACACACACUGGAGAGAAACCUUAUGAAUGUAACCAGUGUGGUAAAGCCUUUGCAGAAAACAGUCAUCUGGCAAGCCAUAAAAGAACACACACUGGAGAGAAACCUUAUGAAUGUAACCAGUGUGGUAAAGCCUUUGCAAAAAACAGUCAUCUCAUAAGCCAUAAAAGAACACACACUGGAGAGAAACCUUAUGAAUGUAACCAGUGUGGUAAAGCCUUUGCACAAAACAGUGCUCUCAUAAGCCAUAAAAGAACACACACUGGAGAGAAACCUUAUGAAUGUAACCAGUGUGGUAAAGCCUUUGCACAAAACAGUACUCUCUUAAGCCAUAAAAGAAGACACACUGGAGAGAAACCUUUUGAAUGUAACCAGUGUGGUAAAGCCUUUGUAGAAAAUAGUUAA